CCGACGCCGUUCCGGGACGGGGCCGCGCGACGCCAUGGGCCGGCCGGGCCCGCGGCCCCAAGUGUGUCUCAGCCCGGCCACCCCUCACUCUCCACCAUGAACGGACCCACCCUGCAGCCCUCAUCGGCCUCCCCUGCACCCUCAGCUUCUCCUGUAGCCCCAUGCCCUCGGGGCUGGAGCGAGUUCUGCGAGCUACACGCGGUGGCAGCUGCGCGGGAACUGGCCCGUCAGUACUGGCUCUUUGCCCGCGAGCACCCACAGCAGGCACCGCUGCGCGCCGAGCUGGUAUCCUUGCAGUUCACUGACCUGUUCCAGCGCUACUUCUGCCGUGAGGUGCGCGAGGCCCGGCCGCCCCGGCCACCAGUGCGCGACUACCGGGAGACCGGCCGCGGGGGACCUCCUGCCAAGGCCGAGGCUCCCCGCAACGACCCAGGCCCGGGCCCUGCCACCACUACCACCGCCGCUGCUCGCGGCCUGCCCAAGGCCCGCAGCUCAGAGGAGCUGGCCCCGCCACGGAACACACCUUGUGCCCUGCAGCACCUGCGUCACAGCCUGCGCCACCUGUUCCGCCGCCGCUCUGCUGGAGAGCUGCCUGCGGGCAAUGCUGGGGACACUGAGGCCCCGGGCCGCGCCAGCCUGGCCAGGAAGCUGCUGCCCUGGAGCCUGGCGCGGGAACCACCGGCCGAGGCCCUCAAGGAGGCAGCGCUGCGCUACAGCCUGGCGGACGAGGCAUCCAUGGACAGUGGCGCUCGCUGGCAGCGGGGGCGCCUGGCACUGCGGCGCACGGGGCCCCCUGACGUCGGCGGUGCUGAGUGUGUAUUGGAGCUCUUCGACCCGCCCAAGAGUUCCAAGCCCAAGAUUCAGGCCGCCUGCUCCAGCAUCCAGGACGUGCGGCGCUGUACACGCCUUGAGAUGCCAGACAACCUCUACACCUUCGUGCUGAAGGUGAAUGGCCAGACAGACAUCAUCUUUGAGGUGGGAGAUGAACAGCAGCUGAACUCAUGGAUGGCUGAACUUCGGGGGUGCACAGGCCAAGGAGGGUUGGACAGCACUGAUGUAGAACCACUGUCUCCCUCAACCCUGGAACUCGGCCUGUCUAGUUCCCCCAGGGGAAGCACAGACUCCCUGAACCAAGGGGCUUCUCCUGGGGGGCUGCUGGACCCAGCCUGCCAAAAAACGGACCACUUCCUGGCCUGCUAUCCCUGGUUCCAUGGUCCCAUCUCCCGCGUGAAGGCAGCACAGCUGGUUCAGCUGCAGGGUCCCGACGCCCACGGGGUGUUCCUGGUGCGGCAGAGUGAGACGCGGCGAGGGGAGUACGUGCUCACCUUCAACUUCCAGGGUGUAGCCAAGCACCUGCGCCUGUCCCUGACGGAGCGUGGCCAGUGCCGGGUGCAGCACCUCCACUUCCCUUCUGUUGUGGACAUGCUGCACCACUUCCAGAGCUCGCCCAUCCCCCUCGAGUGUGGCGGUGCCUGUGAUGUCCGGCUGUCCAGCUACGUGGUGGUGGUCUCCCAGCCUCCAGGUUCCUCCCACACGGUCCUGUUCCCCUUCUCCCUCUCUCGCUGGGAUUCAGAGCUGGGCCUCCCCCACCUCAGCCCCGACACGCUCCCAGGCCGAGCGUCUCCCCCAGAGCAGAUAUUCCACCUGCUGCCUUCGCCUGAGGAACUGGCCCACAGCCUUCGGCACCUGGAGCCCCAGCCCGAGCCCGCCAGCCGAGCCCGGGACUCAGAUUACGAGCUGGACUCCACCUCCCGGAGCCACCUGCGGGCCAUUGACAACCAGUACACACCGCUCUGAUGGACCUUUUCUUCCUGCCAGAGUGUGAUAGAAAGAAGGGACACUGGGAACUGCUUGGCCAGUUUGGAGGUGCCCCUUGUUAGGCCUGUUGAAGGGCCCCUCCCUCUUCAUUCCUCCCAGCACCUGGCUUCUAGUGUUUACAGAGGUAGUUCUGGUUCACCUGCGUGGGUCCUGGGCCCAGAGCUGGCAGUGGAAACUCGUUUUCUCUCCCACUGACACUGUCAUAGCCAAGGAUGGACUUUCUCCUGGGGGUGGGGUGGGGUGAGGGGCAACCAGGUAGCACAAAAACACUAAUAGACCCUGGAUUCUUC